CGGCUGGAGUUAAGCUACCAGAACAUUCUCAUCUCUCUUAUAUCAGGUCCACCCAUUGCAUCCGUCUGUAUAAAAAAAUAUCAUUAUCAUUUAGGAAGAGCCUGUGCUUGACUUGUGCCUGCCUCGCGCUAGGGUUUCCAUCUGCAUCCUCUACUUUCUUCGAAUUACAAGUGAACAAAAAUGACGAAGAACUAUCCAACUGUAAGCGAAGAGUACAGCAAAGCCGUUGAAAAGGCCAAGAAGAAGCUGAGAAGCUUGAUUGCCGAGAAGAGCUGCGCUCCUCUCAUGCUUCGUCUAGCAUGGCACUCAGCUGGAACCUUCGAUGUUAAGACAAAAACCGGUGGGCCCUUUGGUACCAUGAGGUACUCGGCAGAGCUGGCACAUGGCGCUAACAAUGGUCUCGACAUUGCUGUCAGACUCCUUGAGUCCAUCAAGGAGCAGUUUCCCAUCCUCUCCUAUGCCGAUUUCUACCAACUUGCUGGUGUUGUUGGUGUUGAAAUCACUGGUGGUCCUGAGGUUCCUUUCCACCCUGGGAGAGAGGACAAGCCUGAGCCACCUCCAGAAGGCCGUCUGCCUGAUGCUACUAAGGGUUCUGAUCACUUGAGGGAUGUCUUCGGCCACAUGGGCCUCAGUGAUAAGGAUAUUGUAGCUCUCUCUGGGGGCCACACCCUGGGAAGGUGCCACAAGGAGCGCUCCGGUUUUGAGGGGCCCUGGACUGCUAACCCUCUCAUCUUUGAUAACUCUUACUUCAAGGAGCUCUUGAGUGGGGAGAAGGAAGGGCUUCUACAACUUCCAUCUGACAAGGCUCUUCUAUCUGACCCUAUCUUCCGCCCAUAUGUUGACAAAUAUGCUGCUGAUGAAGAUGCUUUCUUUGCCGAUUAUUCUGAAGCUCAUCUGAAGCUCUCCGAACUGGGAUUUGCUGAUGCCUAGGAUUCAGAUGAAUCAACAAGGUGCUUGGCUUCGGCCAUGAUGUAUUCGGAUCUUGUAGGAUUUAGUUCCAGCAGUAGUAUUGGUUUUUAAUGAAACUUGGGUUUUGUCUAUGUUGGUUGCUCAUGAUGGGUGGAAGAGAUGUCUCGGUUCUGUCGAUUUGAACUCAUCCUCUCGGAAAAUAAUAUGAAGUUGUGGGCCUCCCCCCCAGUUUACUUUCAUCUAAAAAAAGUAAUAAAUUGAUAUUUCUCAGGUGUA